CUGACUCGAACACCUGGGUCAAGUUACAAUGGGCUGGACUCUUCCAAAAUAACUUCACUCGUCUCACGGCGACAGAAUGACUGGACGGCAUAGAAAUAGUCUUCUUUAAAGCAAAGCCAGAGUAUUACAUACUUUCGGAAAGUAGUUUACUUUUUGAGGCUGUGAUUGGUUGUCUUUUCAACGGAACUAAGGUUCAAUCGGGUAGUAGACUCCACCCCCCUGCCACAGCCAUGAGUUCCCAGAGCAGCUACAGCACCAACAUCCUGUUCCAUUCGAUGAAUGAGGAGCUGAAUGCAUCCCUGGCCCAGGCGGAUGAGUUGUCCAGGGAGUUUAACUCUUUAUUGUGUGAGGUCUCCCCUACCACCCAGCCUGUGGCCAAGCCAGCCUUUGAUUCUGUGGUCCCCAGAGAUAAACUCCAGCCUCUCUCCAGCUCCUCGUCAACACUAGAAAAACCCCAGCCGCUCUACAGCUCCUCCUCGACCUCAACAAGACCCCAGCCUCCCUACAGCUCCUCCUCAACAUUAGAAAGAUCCCAGCCUCCCUACAGCUCCUCCUCAACAUUAGAAAGAUCCCAGCCUCCCUACAGCUCCUCCUCAACAUUAGAAAGAUCCCAGCCUCCCUACAGCUACUCUUCGACCUCACAAAGACCCCAGCCUCCCUACAGCUCCUCCUCAACCUUAGAAAGACCCCAGCCUCCCUACAGCUCCUCCUCAACCUCACAAAGACCCCAGCCUCCCUACAGCUCCUCCUCGACCUCUGAGAGAGACAAGAGAAUCAGCAGCAGCAGUGGCACCUACUCCCCCAGCUCCAACCUGGAUAACAUUAUCUCCAGCAGUAGGGCCAGGCCCUCCUCCCCUGUCUUCUCCCCACACCAGCUCACCCCUCCCCAGGGACGAAGGGACAAAUUAUCCCCCUCUCCCUCCCAUCGCUCAGUAAGUUCUGACCCCACCUUCUCUUACGGUCAGAUGACACCUCCCAACCAAUCCCCUCGUAGUCCACGACGUAUGCCUCCUUCCCCGUCACAAAUGGGGUACGAUCGCAGCCCACAAGGACCAAUCAGUUACAUGGGUCCAAACCAGAGCCCCAGUUCCCCGCUUCCAGGCUUUGACCAGUUACAUCGGGAAAUGCUACAACCCCAAUACACCUCGGCCAAUCUGCUGUCCCCGUUUGACCCGGCCGCCACGGGCCGGACUUCUCCGAGAAUGGGCCGAAGUCCUUCGCCGGUGUCGUUCAGCCAAGUAACAGGCUCCGGUACCCUGCCACGAAACACUGGGUCUUUCAAUGAGGCCAUGCAGAGGCCAAAAGCACCGACCAAAUGGAAUGAGACGGAUCUGGACAUGUCAUCACAUGAGAAGAAACCACACCACACCUAUGAUAAGUCUGAGUGGCAGAGACCUUUGGUGCCGAACACCAACUGGAGAGAAUCCAACCUGGACGGACCUCCUCCCUCUAAGGACACCCUCCCACGCCCUCAGCAGUCACCCUACGCGUCUUUGUCUCGAAACGCCGGUACCUCCCUCCCUCCGGACUCCUCCUCCCUCUACCACGCCCCUCCUCAGCCAAUCAUAUCCCGUAUCUCCAUCCCCCCCUCCUCCCAGCUUCCUCGUCAGCACCGGCCCAUCCCCCUCUCAGUCAUCAUGCGUCUCCAGAACCCCUACUGGGCCUCUUACGCCCGCCACCCGCGGGCCCUACAGCCCAAAGGAAACGUGGAGGUGUACCAGCAGGCUGGACCCGUGCCCCAACAAAGUGAGUACCAGAGGUAUAGAGAAUACCUGAUCCAGGCCCAGAACCGGCCCCAACCCCAGAGCCAGCCCCAACCCCAGAGCCAGCCCCAGAACCAACCCCAGCCCCAGGAGCUCAGGCAGCCUGCCUACUAUGGGAAAGCGCUAAACCCAGCUGAUGUUGAUGCUGAGUCGUUGAGACUGCCUGGAGCCGUUGUUGGGGACCCCCCGGAAGAGGUACCCAGGCCCCUAAGCCCCUCCAGGCUACAGCCGGUGGUGGCUCCUGAGAGCCUGGAGGUCCCGGACAUGGAAGAGCUGCUCCGGAUCCGUGCGGAGAUCCCGCGGGCCCUGAAGAGACGUGGCUCGGUGACCCCCAAACCCGAACCCGAACCCGAACCCGAUCCUCAACCAGAGUCACAAGUCCCUGGCCAGGCCCAGAAGAAGCCCACCAGUCCACUGCAGCUUGACCAGAACCAGUACAAACAGAUCAUCAACAAGCUGUUCAAGAGGAAAGGCUUAAAGGUGGACCAGAGUGUCACUGGGGAGAUGGGGACUGACAGCUCCUCUGAGGGAGAGGGGGACAGCUCUACCUCCCCCACCUCUGUCCCUAAUGCUGUCCAGGACCCUGGACGUGCCAUCACAAACACACCCUCCUCCCCAGAAUACAGGGGAUACAGUUCCAUUCUGCGUCAGGCGAAACGGGAGAGCAAGGGUUCUGGCCGAAGGGCUCGACUCAGCCCCCUGGUUCUCCUGCUGGACGGGUCACUGGUGGGAGAACUGGACAUUGUGCAGGAGGCUGUGCAGGAGAUGAGUGACCCAAGCCAGCCAAACGACGAAGGCAUCACAGCCCUGCAUAACGCCAUCUGUGGUGGUCACUACAGCGUGGUAGAAUUCCUGGUUCGCAUUGGAGCGAAUGUCAGCGCCCCGGACAGUCACGGAUGGACACCGCUCCACUGCGCUGCGUCCUGCAACGACCGCCCCCUCUGUGAGUUCCUCGUGAGGAACGGGGCCGCCGUCAUGGCUGUCACGGAAAGCGACGGAGCCCUCGCGUCUCAGAAGUGUGACCCAUUCGCUGUCGGGUUUGAGGAGUGUGAGAGCUUCCUAAAGGGUGUGGAGGAGGCGAUGGGUGUUGAGAACAGCGGGGUGCUGUAUGCCCUCUGGAGCUACCCCCCUCAGGCAUCAGAUGAGCUGGGCUUCAAGGAGGGAGACAUGGUGACCAUCCUCCAGAAGCCUGACGGGGUAGACUGGUGGUGGGCCUCGCUCUGCGGACGGGAGGGAUUCGUUCCAAACAACUACUUUGGGCUGUUUCCUAAAGUUCGUCCCAAGUCACUCUGCUAGACGCCUUGGCUCGAUCAGCCAAUUCAACCCUCGUCCUUCUGCAUGGAACUCUCCAGGCUUCUGUUCUGCAACUCCUCUCGGCUGCCUGUGGGAGAGCUGGGAGGAUAACUUACAUUCAUCAGUAUUUACCUUUUGUUCCUUUGUCCUUGGUUACUUCACCGCCUGAAGUGAACCAGGUCAACAAAACACAAGUCACUGUACAGAUGCAGGAACGUGAGUGGAUCAGGGUGCACUACAGGAAAUGCUGGACUUGUUUUUCAUUUCCACUUUUAAACGUCCAACAUCAUCAUUGCUUUCUUGCUAGUGAACUUGUCUUAGGGUUGGAAAUGAAACUCAAACAUAGGCACUGAAAUGAAACUCCAACAUAGGCACUGAGUCUGUGUCACAAUGUGGUGAAGAUACUAGAGUGGAUCGGUGUGUCAUCAAUGUGUUUUUACUGGAUUAUACUUCAUUAUAAUCAUUUAUUUGUUGUUUCCAAAUAAUUGCACCUGCGAUGAAUUGUCUGGGUGUGUCAUUAUCAUGUCUCUGUUUUACUGCUAUACUGUAUACAACUCCGUCUGUCUCCCUUCAUCUGUAUUUCUCUGUCUCCUCGGUCUCUCUGCCUGUGUCGAUGUCUCAGUAACAGUACCUUUUAAAAGCGUCCUACAGUAAAGUACAUCACUGGUGGGCUAUUAAUAUUCUCAUAUUAUUGCAAUGUAGCGGUGUUAUAUUUUGGUAUUACCCUGUGCCAGAGGUGGGUAUUGGAAAGGUUUGUCCGGGAGAUGGUCCAGAACAUGUCAGUGAGUGUGUGUCAGUCAGUAUGUGCUUUUGUGCUCUUGUGUGGGCUGGAUGUUUCUUACGCGUGUUGGUAGGCUGGUGCAAACUGUAUUAACGGGAAAGACCAUUUUUUCAGUGUGUUUUGAUGGGCAAUUGUUUAACACAGAAAAAUAACUAAAUGAAAUAAAGCAAAGUUUAAAAUAAAA